GGUAUUAGCCUUAGCCAAAUAGCUCAGUGUGACUCUCGGGAAGGCCGCAGUGGAACCUGUUGUUGUUGUGUGAAACUUUUUGGGAGAACGAGAAUGUUUAGCAUAGUGAGCCGACAGCUGAGAAGCCACCCGGCUCUGAUCCCCCUCUUUAUCUUCAUCGGAGGCGGCUGUACGAUGUCUCUGUCUUACCUGGCGAGACUGGCUCUCCGUAACCCUGAUGUCUGCUGGGACAAAGCGAACAACCCUGAACCCUGGAACAAACUGGGGCCCAAUGAUCAGUACAAGUUUUUCUCCGUGAACACGGACUACAGCAAACUGAAGAAGGAUCGGCCAGACUUCUAAAUCCCCAGGAUCUGGAGAAGCCUCCCUGCUGCACACUGCUGGACCAAAGGCUUGAGAAAAAUGAAAAUUAAAGAAGAGAUCUGUGCGUUUUCCCUCCAGCAUCCCCCAACCCAACUUGAGAAAAGAGGCUAAACUGCACAACUUUGACUUCAAUUAUUUGCUAAGACCUUUUUGUAAAUUAUUUGGACUAAAUUAUGCUGGUUUUAUUCUCAUUCUUUCUGGUUGUCUCCAGCAGCACAAUAAAGGAGGCUUAUCUCCCUUGUACAGAGAA